AUUGCGAGUUGGUGCGACUGGUGCGAGUUUAUUGCAAGCAGUAUAAGCACUUUAGUUUUGGUCAUGUUUUGGUAUUAUGCAAAUAAGUAUAUAACUUGUAAAUGAUACGCACCCACUUUUGUUGUCGAAAAUAUCUAUCUUACAUUUCAAUUUUAAAACUACCAAUUUGUUACCAUCAUCAUGGCAGAAGACCCUACUUUACCAGUUGUGGCGGAACUUAAAGAUCUAACGAGCAAAGAAAAGACCACAAGUCAAGACCCUGCUGAGAAAGGCCAAUUGAAAAACGACCCAUCUAAGAAAGAGGUCGUCGUCGACAUAUAUAAUGUCGAGAGAAAGCUUACCAGGGAGGAAGUGAGGAAGGCUCUGGAUGUUAAGCUUAUCCCAGAACCUCUUGUGUUCAAGAAGGCGGAAGUGGUCAGCCACCCGCCAAGACAAACUAGGAUGGCUGACUUUACAACAAUUUAUCUGCUAGGAAGUGCUUCUUCGGGCAAGACGAUGCUCAUAAAUCGUUUAUUGGAUAAGACUGAAGUGCCCAAGCCCACUGUUGCAUUGGAUUACACAUUUGCAAGGAGAACCGUGCAAAAUGCGGAAGGCUCUCAGUUUCCGAUCAAAGAAGUGUGCAAUAUUUGGGAACUAGGAGGUGACGCUUUUAGACUUGCAGAACUCGUGGAAACUCCAGUAGUCACAAACCGUGGAUUGGAUAAAAUGGCAAUUUUCUUGGUCUUGGAUUUGUCAGAGCCUCUGAAAUUGUGGCCAACUCUGGACACUGCUGUGAAACAAUUAACACGUGGCAUCACUCAGGCUUUGGCAAAUAAUAUGCGAAACAGUAAAAAAGGAGACAUGACAAAGAAACUGGAGGAAAACAUUGUAAAACGGCUUGGAGACAAUUUAUCGGACAAACCAUACCUGGAGCCAUUUCCACUCCCCAUUGUCAUAAUCGGGACAAAGUUUGAUUUAUUCCAGAAUUUCGAACCAGAGAGGAGGAAACAAGUGAGCAGAAUACUUCGGCUUGCGUCACAUCGAUUGGGUGCCUCUUUGAACUACUUCUCCAAGAAUGAAGUAGCUCAUAAUAGGCGUGUACGUGAAUUAUUUACCCACUACGCUUUUGGAACACGAUUCCCGAAAGAUGUGUGUCACGAUUUCAACAAAGGCUUACUAAUUCCCCACGGAGGCGAUUCGUACAACCAAAUUUGGUCUGGGGCAAAUCCUGGCCAGUUUACCUUUGACUAUUUUAAACACUUGUACGAGUCCCAGAUUGGCAAAAGUGAAGACUACAAAAAUGAUGCUGCAGAUGAAGCAAAUUUUCGCGAGCCGCAGAUUGACUCACAAAGAAAUAUCUUGCUUGAAGAAUUACGCAUGAUGGAAGAAAGUUUUACAGAGUUUAGCAAUCAGGGACAUCAAAUUAAAAUUAUUAAGUAGUCAUUUUAACUUUUCUAUUGAAUAAUUAUUUAUUUAGCAUUCUGCAGUUAUCUGUCAGAGGUUACAUACAUACGUAAUAUUAAAUGUAUUUACAUACAUAUACCAUUUUGUCAUAUUCGAAAAGUUGUAGGCAAAUGCAAUGGUGAUCUCACUGGCCCCUGGCAAAAUAAAAUUAAUUGAUGAAGGAAUGAUAAAUUCAUUCAUGGGUCAACAAGAAUGCAAAUUUGGCGUAUUUUGUAGUCUAUUCGCUAUAUAUCGAUUGGUUUGCUAACACGAUGACUACUGAAUAUGUAUGUAGCUGACGCCAAGCAGUCUGAUCUGAAUGAGUUGUCUAAACUAAAGAUGUGAAUAAUUGGGUAUGCAUGUAGUGUGCAUGCAUACGUUUAAUACCGAAGGUAGAGGGUGAGAUCAUCAUUUUUAAUAGUUUGCCCUUUAAUAAUAAUCUGUAGCUGUCAGUCAACUCGGCUCUCCUUUAAUUUAAUUAUUUCUGUUUUGCGAACUCUGGUGAUCAGUGAAGAAAGAAAGACAGAAAAAAUGCAUCAAUAAUGCCAAUUUUGAGGAAAUAUUGUUAGGAUAACGACUAUUUUUAUUUUUAAACUUAUCAUUUUCUGGAUUACAGUUCAUGGAAGAUUAAACGCGGAGUACUAAUCUAAAAUACUUUUACUUAAUUUCUUACCAUGUCUAUAAAUACAAAAGUAUAUGUAUCACAAUGAACAAUUAUCUACGUAAUUUCUUAGAAAUAUGACAACGAUAUGAGUAAAAUAUAUAUGUAAU